ACGUUAGUUCGAACGAUCACGUUAAAUAAUCACGUAAAUUCGAUUAUUCGAGUUAAUCGAUCAAAUACUUAGAUCAAUUCGUUAUUUCGUUCGAUCCGAAUAGAUUAAUGGUAGGGUGGAAUGAGUUAGGGUAGGGUAACGUAGGAUAGAGUAGGGAGAAAGGAGGGAGGGAUUUGCAAAGAGAUAACGGAGCGAAAAGCCGGACAUUCGAUAGGAAUUUGGGACGGGUGACCUAGUGUGGUUAGUUGAAUGAGGCGUGCUCGUCUGAUAAUUGCCGAUCAAACAUGAGCGAAACGUCGAACGACAGUGCCGAUGUCGGCUUUUAAAAGUAUUUUCUCCGAUGGCUCUUCGGUAGCUACACGGUUAACGGUUAACGCCUCUAUUCUCGUCUCCUUUUUCAUUGACUCCCGUUUACGACGUCCUAUUGCACUUUUCUCAUUACGGUGUUACCGUCUGCCUUUGCGAUUACAGAUCCAGUUGGCCAUUGUGAGCUCGCGGGAAAAACAUCCCGGUAUCCCGGUGGUUACGUACAUACCUCGAUUAAAUACAGGGGUUGCACUCUCGAGUGCCUCACCGUGGACGCCAACGCGGUAUGCGGUUACGUGUUUUCGUCCUAGCCUGUCUCCUAAUCAAGGGGCUGGCUCGAACAGAGGAGGUGGAAGUAGUCGAGGCGAUUCCAGGCGAGGAAAAGAGAAACGAGAAUUCUGCGUUAAAUCGGCAGGACAACGACAUCAAUAGUUCCGACCAGCUGGCACUUGAGUCAUUGGGAGAAAAGGAUGGGGCUGGAAGUCACUACAAAUCUGGUGGUCUCCGAGGUAAUCCACUUGUUUUGCCACCAGGUCGAGGUGGAAUUGGGAUUGGUCAUUCACGACCUCAUCACAAUGUCGCUUAUCACGGCCCACCACCACCAUUGCCAGCGCACAAGACCCAAGCCGAGGCUAUGGAUAAGAUUUAUACGACCGGUGGAGGUGGUGUUAGCACCGCGGUAGGUGCUGAACCAUGGCCCGCACCAACGCCAGACAUGCCAAAGAUCGUAUCGCUCGACGUAAAGUGCGAGAAAAAUUUAAUGAAGGUCUAUCUUGGCUUUGACAAGCCUUUCUAUGGUAUAGUUUUCAGUAAAGGACACUAUAGUAACGUCAACUGUGUUCAUUUACCUGCUGGACUCGGUCGUACAUCUGUUAACUUUGAAAUAAGCGUACACGCUUGUGGUACCGCUGGCAAUACCGAAAAUGGUCUUUACGGAUAUGGCGCUGGAUCAGGGACCUACUUCGAAAACAUUAUUGUCAUACAAUACGAUCCGCAGGUACAAGAAGUAUGGGACCAAGCACGGAAAUUACGAUGCACUUGGCACGAUCUAUAUGAGAAAUCGGUUACCUUUCGACCAUUUCCAGUCGACAUGUUGGACGUUGUACGUGCAGAUUUUGCUGGGGAUAAUGUUGGCUGUUGGAUGCAGAUACAAGUUGGUAAAGGUCCUUGGGCUUCUGAAGUAUCUGGCUUGGUUAAGAUCGGACAAACUAUGACGAUGGUAUUGGCGAUCAAAGACGAUGAUUCUAAGUUCGACAUGCUAGUAAGAAACUGUAUGGCACACGAUGGUAAACGAGCACCGAUACAGCUUGUUGAUCAAAGGGGUUGCAUAACCAGACCUAAAUUAAUGUCGAGAUUCACCAAGAUCAAGAACUUUGGUGCAUCAGCUUCUGUAUUAUCUUAUGCGCACUUUCAAGCGUUCAAGUUUCCAGAUUCAAUGGAGGUUCACUUUCAGUGUACCAUUCAAAUAUGUAGAUAUCAUUGUCCGGAACAAUGUUCUGAAUCUUCACCGUUACUCGAACCACAAGGACCUGGAUUAUUCGAGAAUCAUCAUCAUCAUCAAUCGAAUGGACCACCUGAUGCUGGAUACGGUUUACCACCUCCUUUACCUAUACCUUUGGAAGCAUACUUGCAAGCAGCUGCUGGUAGACCGAGAGAUGAAAGACGAAGAAAAUCUAGGGAAAUUGUAGCGACUCCUGAAAAAUCUGUAGGUGUCAAUAGAAUUAUAAGAGUCGUAUCGACCGGUGAUCUUACAUUUUCCAUCGAUGAGAACAACGGAGACUUGAAUGGUCCAACAAUGGUUUUUCCUCAAAAGAGUGAAACCACGGCGGGUUCGACGAUGAUCUGCAUGACUACACCUGGAUUUGCGGUGACCCUCGUCGUACUACUUGCGGUAUUACUUUGCUCCUGUAUACUUUCUACUUAUCUCUGCAUACGCCUAAGACCAUUCUCCGGUAAAUCUAGAAAAUCGGUUACGUAUUGCAGCAGAGAACAGAACGGUGGAUCUAAAAAAUCGUCGAGGAUGUGCUUCUACUCCUAGUGUAUCUUCUUCUUGAACGUUCUUAGAAGAAACUAUCUUUUUAACAUUUGGCGAACUAUUGGGACUGAGAAGAUAAUUAAUUGUUUCUUCUUUUUUUUUUUUUUUUUUUUUUUUUUUUUUUAACAUUUGUGCCUUCUAUCAAUUUAGUACAAUUGUUGCAGAUGCGAAUUGAGUUACCGAAACUUCAUAUACCGAAAUACGAAGCUAUCGAUGAAAUAAUAAAAAUUAUCGGACAUCUGGCACAUUGUUUCUUAAGAUUUCGCCACAAGUACGAUCAUUUUUAUUAGAGAUAAUGAUCCUUCAGGAUGAUCUUUAUUUGAUAACUUUAUUGUGUUUCUCAAGAUUAUUAUUCUUCCUUUCCCAUAUUAAUUUGCCAAUUUUUCCCCAGAGGCUAUCGCUUUUCGUAAGCACGGUUUCAUAUAACAUACUUAGUCAUUAUAAAUUAAAAACAAUUAAAAUGUUUUUUAAUUUACAAACAUCAUUAUUCUAUAUCUUGCAUUCAUUA